AGAGUUGUUUUCCGCGGCCUAGAACUGCAGGAUGAUAAAACCUUGAGAGAGUACUCCGUCACUGAGAACGCCACACUCCAUCUAUUUCUCGAACUACGUAGUUAUAAACCGGCAAUCUACUUCUUGUCACCAACCCGACUCAACAACGUCGAUGUCCAGGUCAAGCUUUCUCGCCAUUGGAGCUUCUCCACCAUCUAUCCACUCGCCAAAGGGGCUGUUGGACAGAACAACGUCUCCUGGCAGGUUUCCAUCAAGCCCGAUGGCACCCUGAAGGACACCGCCACGGACAUUGACUGCAGCUACCUGUUCUGGGAGGCAGGCGCCUUGGCCGACCCAUCAUCCGCAGUCACAGAGGCUCAUCCCUUGAAACCCCAAACCCUUUCGCAUACUUUGCCGACAACUAUGUCCUGCCAUUUGACAACUUCAUGCCCUAUCUCGACCGGGUCCUUGCCAGCCUCACCCUCACCCCGGCAGUGCGAACCGAAAUGGUCAUUUAAUGGCUCCCCAAGUUCCAGUCAAUUCGCGAUCGGGGUCUUCAGAUCGCCUUCAACUUCAUCCCGCAGAUCAACUUUGAGAAAGCGGCUAAAUUGACUCUCACUCCUAGCCCUAGCAGUGUCGCCAGAGUUUUACUUGUCUUCAGGGGCGUAGUCGGUAGUAAGAACGCAAAGAAUCACGCGGAACUGGAUGCGUUGGACUGGCCCAGCAAGAUCGGGAUUGAGGUGGAGGGUAUGAUGAACCAGAGCUAGUUCCGCGUUAUGUAGUGGGGAGGCAUGGAGGUGAACAAGGGCUAGGAUGAUGGGGAUUCACUGCUGCCUUCCGGAAUGGUAGACCUGGUGCCUCAGGGUGGGUCAACCAUCAAGCAAUAGCCGUGUAUUGUGCUUCGAGCUCGACAUAUGCACUCGCGAUGGGGAAUCCUUAUCAUCACAAGGUCUAGUGAGGGAAGUUAGGUAACACAAGUCAAUAGAUCCGCCGAGGAAAUCAACAUGUCUUCUGCAUGUUAUGAACUCAAUAGCAUGUGAAAGUUCGUGUUCCACCUUUGAUAAAGUCUCCACCGUCGUAUGGUAUCUUCAA